AUGAGAACGCCCCUCGGCACGGACGAAGAAGCGACGAUAUACUCUGAGAACCUUGCAAUCGACAACGACAAGCACGAUUUGGUCAAGAAGACGGAUGCUGGGACGAUUCACCCUCAAGAUACGGGCUUGCACGCAUGGCUCUUCCUCGCUGGCUCAUUCUUGAUUGAAGGCCUCGCGCUUGGUUUUCCCGGUGCGUACGGUGUCUUCCAGGACUACUACAGAACACACCCGCCCUUCCAGACUUCCUCCAGGCUGCUGCCAACAUCUAACUUCUUCCAGGGCAUCAUGUACCUAGGCAUGCCCGUGACCAUGGGCAUCCAGCGCCUGUGCCCUCGACUCAGCGUGUGGUCGCCUCUCGCGGGGAUCCUCGUCAUGGCGGGCGCGCUGCUCGGCGCGUCCCUCGCGACGACGGCGCCGCAGCUCAUCGGCACGCAGGGCGUGCUCUUCGCCGUCGGCAGCUCGCUCGCGUACUGCCCGUGCAUCGCCUUCCUCAACGAGUGGUUCGACCGGCGCAAGGGCCUCGCGUACGGCGUCAUGUGGGCCGGCACGGGGCUCUCCGGCUCCGUGCUGCCCUUUGCGCUGCAGCACCUGCUCGGCCGCCACGGGCACGCGCUCACCCUGCGCGUCUGUGCCGCCACCCUGCUCGUCGCCACCCUGCCCGUCGUCUACUUUGUCAAGCCGCGGCUGCCGCCCACCGCCGCCCUGCACCACCCGUUCAACCUCCGCUUCGCCCUCACCCAGACGUUUCUGCUCCACCAGGUCGCCAACGUCUGCCAGGCGCUCGGCUUCUUCCUGCCGAGCAUCUUCCUGCCGACGUACGCGCGGUCGGUUCUCGGCGCCGGCGGGGUGGCGUCCGCCAGCACCAUCCUGCUGCUCAACUUGGCGUCGGCGGUUGGCUGCCCGGUCAUGGGCUGGCUGUCGGACAGCCACCACGUGGCGCGGUGCCUGUUUAUCGCGACCGUGGGCGCCGCGCUGGCUACGGUGCUGCUGUGGGGGUUCGCGACGACGGUGCCGUCGCUGCUGAUUUACUGCGCCUUUUACGGCCUGUUUGCCGGCUCGUACACGUCGGCGUGGACGGGCCUCAUGCGGCAGAUGACGACGGAUGAUGCCAUUAGCGACAGGUACGCGUGCAAGGAGACGGAUCCCGUCAUGGUGCUCUCGGUGCUGGCGGCCGGCCGGGGCAUCGGGAGUGUCUUGUCGGGGCCGCUGAGCCAGGCGCUCGUGGGCGACUACUGGCAUGUCAAGACGUAUGGCGCGUACGGAACAGUGUAUGGGCCCUUGGUCAUCUUCACAGGCUUUACCGCUGCGCUCAGUGGAAUUGUCCUGUUUUGGAAACAUAUCGGCUGGAUACAUUGA